GACAUUUUAGAGAUUUUUUGAGGUUAUCUGAAUUGUUUUGUUUAGAUAAGGUUUUGUUUGAUUUAUUUCACUGGUUUCUAUUAAUUUAAUUAAAUUAUACUGUUCUAUUAUUUAACAAAUUAAAGUAGAUUUAAGAUAAAAUGACGAAAGUAGCUGCCGGAUUUGUAAUUUUUCGAAGAAUCUCUAACAAUAUCGAGUAUCUUUUACUACAAACAUCUUAUGGAAUACAUCACUGGACCCCACCGAAAGGCCACGUAGACCCGGGAGAGUCAGAUUUAGAAACUGCAUAUCGCGAGACACUGGAAGAAUCUGGUUUAAAACAAUCUGACUUAAAAGUGUAUGAUCAAUCAAAAAAAACACUGAAUUACAACGUAAAUGGCAAACCGAAGGUUGUGCAUUACUGGUUGGCUGAAUUAAUUAAUAAUGAAGCUACGGUAAAGCUUUCUCAUGAGCACCAAGCCUUUAAAUGGUUGGGACUGGAAGAGGCUUGUGAAAUAGUCGGGUACAAAGAUAUGCAAGGUGUCUUGGUUGAUUUCAAUAAGAUUUUGAGGAAAUAAUUUUAAUAAUUUAAACUUUAAAUAACAUUAUUUUCUAAAGGUUGUUGAUUUUUAUUAAGAAUAUCUUGUAACUUGUUUACGUUUAAUUAAAAAUAGUAUUUUUUUAUGUUAUUGAUAUUUCAUGUCUCUUAAAGAAUUUUUAAGUUAAUGUUGUUAUAGAAUCCAAAGAAUUCUUAGUUUUAUUUAAGAUUUUAUUAGAAAAAUAAAUCGAAUAUGAUUUGGAGUUAAUUUAAGAUGUAAUUUCUAACUGUUCUUUGGUUUAUUUACAAACAC